UCUGGGUCUAUUAGAAACAGAAUAUGCUGUCCAUAAACUCUCUCUCUCCGUCUAUGCCCUACCAUCUGCUGGAUAUUUGGAAACAAUGAGAAAAUUGUGAUGCUUAUAAUUGAGGAAUCCGACAGAAUUUUCAAGAAAAAAUGAUGAAUUGCAUGCUGAUGAAGUUUGUGAAUUAACGCUCGUAACUGUGCAGGAAAUUGUCAAUGCAUGGUGUGGCAUCAGGCUGAGAAAUUAACCUUGAAAUUUGCCUAUAUUCUAGAGUGUCUAUGUGGCACUCUUGGAACCACUGGAAUGUAUUUGAGUAAUGAUCUGAUGGUGAAGUUGGUGCAAGUGUGAGAAACAUCUUGGGCAAACUACAGUGUACACCUUGGACCUGUUCCUUUUCCUUCAUGCAACUCUUCAUUAAUAAUGAACGAAAAUGAAGGAUUCUUCUGGGUAUAAGGUUUUCAGGUCAAGGGCCUUUACUUGUUUUAGUGACCCUUAUUCUCCUGAAAAAACCCCUUUUCCGGUGAGGCAUUAUCACAGGAUUAACUUCAAACACCUAAUAGACAAGGUUGUGUUUGCUGAAAGAGAUCAGCAUAAAGAUUUCGGGUGUAUUGAUGAAUCUUUUGUUUGUGCUAUAGUGGGUGAUACGAGUUUGAGGCAAUGGUUAGAUAAUCCUCAACGAUCAGUGAAUUUCUGUGAAUGCUUGAACAUAUUUAGGCAAAUAGUAGAAAUUGUUCAUGUGGCUCAUUCUCAAGGAAAUGCUGUUCAUAACGUGAGGCCCUCUUGCUUUGUCAUGUCAUCUUUCAGCCAUGCCUCUUCUAUGGAUCCAGCAACUUGUUCAGAUGCUGACUUUGAUACUCCAGAAGAAGAUUCUGAGAUUAAAACUCCAACACUCACACAUCAGCAGAGAUGUUUGGGAAGUGAUGAUUUUGUUCCUGCCAAGACUUCAAUAGCUUCUUUGUCAAGAGUGGUGUUUGUGCCACAUACAUCAUUAAUGGAAGACAUAGAAGGAAAGAAGCAAUUGCUUGCAAUAAAACAAGAACAGGUGAUGGAGUUGAGUUGGUAUACUACUCCUGAAGAGGUUGCUGGUGCUGUAAGUUCCUGUGCUUCAGACAUUUUCCAGCUAGGAGUUCUACUUUUUGAGCUAUUCUGUCCUCUCAGCAGAACAGAAGAAAAGAGCAGAACCAUGUCAAGCCUAAGAAAUAGAGUUCUUCCUCCACAGUUACUUCUAAAGUGGCCUAAAGAAGCUUCGUUUUGCUUAUGGUUACUCCAUCCUGAACCCAGUCAUCGUCCAACAAUAGGGGAUUUGUUGCAGAGUGAAUUUCUUAACAAACCAAGACAUGAUGUAGAAGAGUGUGAAGCAACCGUACAACUCAGAGAAAGGAUACAUAACCAGGAGUUGUUGCUAGAAUUUCUUCUGUUGAUUCAGCAGAAAAAAGUGGAAGCUGCUGAGAAGUUGCAACAUUCUAUUACAUUUCUGUGUUCAGACAUUGCAGAAGUGACCAAGCAGAAAACUGAAUUUAUGGAGAUAUCUGGCACUGCAUUAGCGAGUGAUGAUUGUUCAACAUCCACUGUAGUUGUUGAUAAUGAUGAGAAUUCUACCAGUCCAAGAACCAGAAAACGAGUCAGAACUGAGACGUGUGUUGAUGACACUGCAGAAUGUGAUGAUCAGAAAAAUGAGGAAAGUAGACUUUCCAAGAGUCCACAGUUUUUGAAGAACUUCAAGAAACUAGAAAAUGCAUACUUUUUGACACGAUCAAAAUCAUCGUAUUCCUCAGGGAAACAUGUGGUUGAACAUACACCUGUAUCUGGUAAUGGAAGAGGGUCUUUUGUUGUCACUGAAAGGAGUUGUGUCAGUAAAGUAGCAUCAAAAGAAGAAUUCAGGGAAGGAAAAAUUCCUUGGACAAAUCCUUUCCUUGAGGGUUUGCAAAAGUACCUAUCUUUCAGUAGGUUAAAGGUUAAGGCUGAGCUGAAACAAGGGGAUCUUUUGCACUCUUCCAACCUGGUAUGCUCAGUCAGUUUUGAUCGUGAUGCAGAGUUUUUUGCCACUGCAGGAGUGAAUAAGAAGAUUAAAGUGUUUGAAUAUGACUCAACCAUAAAUGAGGAUCUUGAUAUCCAAUACCCAGUGGUGGAGAUGGUUAGCAGAUCAACAUUGAGUAGUACUUGCUGGAAUACUUACGUCAAAAGUCAAAUUGCUUCAAGUAACUUUGAAGGUGUUGUACAGCUAUGGGAUGUGACAACAAGUCAAGUGCAGUCUGAGAUGAGGGAGCAUAAUCAAAGGGCAUGGUCUAUUGAUUUCUCUUCAGCAGACCCCACAUUACUAGCAAGCGCAAGUGAUGACGGUUCUGUUAAGCUGUGGACUAUCAAUCAGGGAGUUAGUGUUGGUACCAUCAAAACAAAGGCAAACGUGUGUUGUGUUCAGUUUCCCCUUGAUUUUGCGCAUUUCCUUGCAUUUGGUUCAGCAGAUCAUCAGAUAUAUUACUAUGAUCUUCGCAACAUAAAAGAGCCUCUUUGUACAUUAGUUGGACAUAAUAGGACAGUGAGCUACAUCAAGUUUGUAGACUCCAUCAGCCUCGUCUCUGCAUCAACAGAUAACACUUUGAAGCUUUGGGAUUUGUCCAAUUCUGCUUCUCGUGUUAUAGAUUCACCGCUUCAAUCAUUCACCGGUCACAAGAAUAUUAAGAACUUCGUGGGGUUGUCUGUAUCAGACGGUUACAUUGCUACUGGUUCUGAGACAAACGAGGUGUUCAUAUAUCACAAGGCUUUCCCCAUGCCAGCAUUGUCCUUCAAAUUUUAUAGUAGUGACCAAUUGCCUGUGGAUGAAGCGAAUGAUCCUUCUGAGUUCAUCACUUCUGUUUGUUGGCGUGGUCAGUCGACAACCUUAAUUGCUGCAAACUCCACAGGGAAUGUCAAAAUUCUGCAGAUGGUUUAAGUUGGUGUUUGUUGGAAAUGAUUAUAAAUAUUUAUACAUGAGCUGAAUGAUAACUGUGCUAGCAAUUGGGCUUUGUGUUGGGAAUAUAGGCUACACAGAAGUCUAUAUGAAUUUCAUAAUUUUAUUUUUCUCUAGAUCAGAGUGAUUUGAGAGAGAGAAAAAGUGGGAAUGAUCUCUUCAAGUGUAUUAUUCUAUAUGGAACAAACGAAAAGUGGAAAUAUAAAUUAGGUUGUCUUUUUCGU